AUCUAUUUGGGAUGUUGGCAGUCUCUCAAGGCAAAGCCUCUUUUCAAAGGCUGUUUCACAGAGCAAAUAUGCACAGAGCGGCUUCAGUCCAUGAAUGAAAAAGACUCCAGUCCCCUGUAGCUUGCAAAAAAUGGAUAAGCAGUCCCUUCUGUGUGUGUGUGUGUUACUGCUCUCCCAGGUGCUGAUAUUUGCUGUUGCAAAGGAUUUACAGUGCGCCCCUGGAUUUCAACAGAAAAUAUUCUAUGUUGAACAGCUGCCUGAAUUUACCGAGGACCAGCUAAUUCUGAAUGUUUUAUUCGAUGACUGUCAAGGCAAUGAAGGGGUGGUCUAUGAAAUCUCCAGUCCAGAUUUUAAAGUGGAACCCGAUGGGUCAUUAAUCGCUCUGAGAAGUGUAAUCGAAUCUUCACGGCCCUUGUUCAUUCAUGCACACUCUGCUUACUCAGAUGAUAUGGCAGAAGUAAAGUUUAUUGGAAGGAAGGACAGACACAGCCCCUUAAAGAAUAUGCUUAAGGUUCCAAGACAUCUGCCAUUUCUGAGGCACAGAAGAUCCAUCGUAGCUCCUUCUAUAUCUGUUCCAGAGAGUCAAAGAACGCCUUUUCCAAAGAAUGUAGGAACGGUUGUCGUAACUGAUCUACCACCAGGGGCCAAAUUCCGAUUGUCUGGAAAAGGAGCUGAUCAAGAGCCCAGGGGGACCUUCAGAAUAGAGGAAAACACUGGAAAAGUUCAAGUGACUAGAACUCUUGAUCGAGAGGAGAUUCCAUUUUACCACCUGCAAGUAGAAGUUAUAGACGAAAGUGGAAAAACUAUUGAAGGACCUGCUGAUUUAGAAAUAGCAGUCAUCGAUCAAAAUGACAAUCGACCAAUCUUCAGGGAUGGACCAUAUGUUGGUCAUGUUUUGGAAGGAUCUCCAACAGGGACAACUGUAAUGCACAUGGUGGCUUUUGAUGCGGAUGACCCCACAACAGAUAAUGCUGUCCUGCGUUACAAUAUCCUCAAACAAGUUCCAGACAAACCAUCUCCGAACAUGUUCUACAUUGACCCUGAAAAGGGAGAUAUCGUUACAGUCGUGUCCCCACAACUGCUGGAUCGUGAGACUCUGCCUUCUACCCAGUAUGAAUUGACCAUUGAAGCUAAAGACAUGGCUGGUAUGGAUGUUGGAUUACCUGGCACAGCAACCGCUACCAUUAUAAUUGAUGACAAAAAUGAUCACCCACCUGAAUUCACCAAAAAGGAGUUUCUAGCUACAGUUAAUGAAGGAGUGACUGGCGUGAUGGUUAAUCUGACCGUUGAGGACCAAGAUGAUCCCACCACUGGGGCGUGGAGAGCAGUAUACACCAUCAUCAAUGGGAACCCUGGCCAGAGCUUUGAAAUCCACACCAACCCACAGACGAACGAAGGAAUGCUUUCUGUAGUCAAAUCACUGGACUAUGAGAUUACGGCUUUCCAUACACUGCUUAUUAAAGUGGAGAACGAAGACCCUCUGAUUCCAGACGUGGCGUACGGGCCUAGUUCAACUGCAACUGUUCAGAUCAAUUUACUUGACGUGAAUGAAGGCCCUGUGUUUGAUCCUGACCCCAUGACCGUGACAAUGAAUGAAAAUAUCCCAAUUGGUUCGGUGCUGUUAACUGUAAAAGCUACAGAUCCAGACAAACUGCAACAUCAGUCUAUAAGGUAUUCCAUCCUGAAGGAUGAGGCAGGCUGGCUCUAUAUUAAUCCACUGAAUGGCACAAUCAAUACUACGUCCCCACUAGAUCGGGAAUCCAUACUUGUCCAGAACAACACAUACACAGCACUGAUCCUGGCAAUAGAUAAUGGUACCCCUCCUGCUACAGGUACAGGGACCUUUCAGAUUACAUUGGAGGAUGUUAAUGACAAUGCCCCCUCUAUCUAUCCCACCAUGGCGAGGGUAUGCGAAGAUGCUAAAGACCUGAAUGUGGUCACCCUGGGAGCAUCAGACCGAGACCUCCACCUGAACUCGGAUGCAUUUAAGUUUGAACUGGGCAAAGUGGCAGGCCAAGAUAAAUUAUGGAAAAUCACCACCCUGAACAACACUCAUGCCCAGGUCAGCCUUCUUCAUCAUCUGAAGAGAGCCAAUUACAACAUGCCAGUCUUGGUGACGGAUUCCGGAAAGCCUCCGCUGACUAACAGCACAGAAAUAAGGAUCCAAGUGUGCUCCUGCAAGAACAGAAAAAUGGACUGCAGUUCAGCUGAUGCACCCCAUAGCAGCUUGCUCCUCUUCCUUGUACUGUCUAUCUCCAGUUUGUUGUGUCUGUGAGUGCUGUUGACUUUUCUAAGCUGGCUACCACAUUGUCAUGGCAACAAGAAGAGGGAAAGUGUUAUCAGAAGAUUGCUGUUUACAAUUCCUUCAUGACUAGGCCUCAACUGCUCCAGACUCUGUUUAAUUUGCAACCUCAAUUAGUCUAUAAAAUGGCACACCAGUCCUUGACAGCACCUGUUCCUGCAUUGUUUGUAUUAAUGGAUGCAUACGGAAGACGCACGUUACAAGGUUCCUGGAUGGAAACACAAGAACAUUAUUGUAAAACUGCCCUCCUUACUGGCUGGCUACAGAUUGGUUACACGCUCACAUUUUGUUUUUAUGACACUGUACUGAUUAGCAAACCUAAAACAGUAUGAACGGUAUGUCUGUCAGCAAUCCAUGUACGUGUGCUUCAUGUGAAUCCGAUCCGAGACCGCCUUGCAGCCAGGCGCUCCCUGCCUGUAACCGGCGUGUCUCGUAAGAAACAUGCUGUGUGCACUGAACCAAAACCCUUCUAAAUACACUGAAGGAUUUCUUAAUGAGUUCAUGUUAAUACGAUUACCAAUCAAGACAGGACAGGAAUAAAGGCUUUGCCGAGCUGUGAUGUUGAAGUAAUACAUUAAAGAUACAUUCACGGUGCAACUAAUAUGUAAUAAGAUUUUGUAUAAACACAUUGUAAGCCUGUCAGACCUAAUUAAAGUUACUCAGCCCCUUCAUUUCGGGAGGAGCGUGGCAUUCAAUGCUCUGCUGCAAAUUUUAGAGACGGCUUCCAUCUUGUAACGCGCAGACUUAUGCUAUUACGCAACGCAUGUCAUGCAUUGUAAUCACAGGGUUGCUAAUCAGGGCAGACUUCGUAUCUUGUGCAGCCUAGCUGUAGAGAUCACUAAUCCUCGGAGUGCAAAGGGUUCUGUAAUAAAUAGCUACAAAAUGCUCUGCACACCCCUCUCGCACAGGAGGUAGUUUAGGAAUAUGCAAUCUCUGAUACACAGAUAAUGGUGGUAGAGGGGAGGGAGGGAGGGGGACAAAAUCUAUUUUGUAAAUUUAUUUACAGUAAUGUAAGGCACUACUAAAUAUAUAGAAACAAACAUUACAGAAAAGAAAGGUGGAAAUUAGUUUAACAUUAGAAAAUCUGACUGACUGAAAGUUGGAGGUAAAUCAAAAGAGCAGGUUAACCCUUUAACAGCUAGAUCAGCGGUAUUGUAAUGCUAUCUCUCUGGCAGCAGCUACAUGUUUAGAUGUGAAGAUAUUGCAGAUAGACACACGCAGACAAUUUAUUUCCAUUCUACAUUUAGAUGUCUGUUGGUGCCUCCACUGGGUAUUUUUUUUUUUUUUAUUAGCAAUAGGAUUUAUUUUUCCUUUUUUUUUUUGUGCAUUAACAUAUUAGGUAAAGCACAUUUGCCCUUAGAGCAUAAUAUAUUACAAACAUAUUUAAUGAAGAAAUUUAAAAGCAAAUAUUUUGUAUCAGUCUUUGGAAAGAGAGUAAAACAAUAUAAAAAAUAAAGUUCUAUUAUAUGAUGUGAGCAUGUCACAAACAGAUACUCUAGUGAGUGCUACAAUUUGCACAGGAUUUCAUGACCUGUAAAGGAAGUCAGUCGAGCUCAUCUAAAACUUUUAUAAAGUAUUCUAUUAGAGACAUACAGCAGCUUUAAUAAGUGAACUAGUCUGACUGACUGAUCCCCAUGCCUGCUGGACCACUGUUUCCAAAAUAAAUGGGUAAAUAAACUUAGACUAAAAACAUAGCUUUCAUUGUGUAACUAGAAUCUUGCAGCUGCAUUCUUUAAUUAGCAUUUCUAUUGUAUCCUUUACGUUAGAUUCUGUCUUUAGAACAAAUCUGUUCACCAUGUAUGCAUUUAGUUUAUUUUUAGAUAUAUAAAUAUAAUGCAUUUUUACUAGUGUUACACAGACGAUGAAGUAUGUUUUGUGACGUAGAACACGCUGUACAAUAGCUAAAAUGCAGUAAUACAAAUUGAGCAUGGCAUUCCAAGCCCCAAUUGUGAUCGGAAGAAGAUCCUAUGUUCCUAGUUUGAUAUAGAGCAGACACUCUGUGCCAUAGUGUAUUGCCUUUUUUUUUGGACGAUCUUUAUUGUUUCAUCAAAACACAAGGCAGGCAUACAUAACAGGAAUACAGAGGUAAUAUAAUAAGAAUGAACGUGGAUCGGCUGACCAAUAGCCUCAGUCGUCGUGUAUUGCCUUUCUAAUACUAGACUAGACUCUGAGAACCAAGCAGAUAUAUAUGGGGACACAAACUGCUUUUUAUUUUGAUUGUUGAUGGAAAUUAAGUAUUAUGAUAUCACUGUGCCAGAAGAUGUAAGUUGUUUUGUCCCCAUUUUUGGAUUAAAUCCCAUAACAGCGACUCAAUAAUUGUGGCAACCGCAUUUCUAUUACACUAGUUUAUAUAGAAACUCUCUUUCCUCAAUUGCUUGCUGUGAUGUAAUAAUAUCCAUAAAUCACUUGUAUUUAAGAUGAAAUUGAUUAUUUGAAAUAAUUUGAAAUUGAAAUUGAUUCUCAAAUAAUGGUUAUAGAGGCUGCUCAGCUCCUAGGAUUACGCCCAUUCAUUGCCCAAGCCCCGUAGCACACUUAAAGCGAGUCCCCAGGGGUAUCUGUAACUAUCAGCAGGAAUUGAACAAUGUCCUCUGUAUUCCAGACCACUAAAAAUAAACUAUUAUGUUUACAAACAGGGCAUCAGGACCUGCAACUCUAGGAUCACAACUUCAAUAAUUAUAGAUAGUCUCCUCUUAUUUAAUAAUGUCAUACUUUACCGUCAUCCCUCCACUCCAAUAAACCUCUGUUCAGCUACAGAUAUAUUAUGCGUAAUGAGAGUUCACUUUAUCAAUACUGUUACAGGAGCAAAAUAUGUAAGUCUAGCUAAAGUGUAUAUUGUCAGAUAAAGAUAACAGACUGAGAAUAGUCAGUGUUCUGAAUAAACGGAUACAUCGCAAAAUACAUGAGAGAGAGAGAGAGAGAGAGAGAGAGAGAACGAGAACGACAUGAUAUCUGAUAUACACACACAUACAUUUUAUAUCAGAUUCAACUACUUAAUGGAAAUCAUUAGCUCUAGAAAAACCAAAAGAGUGUUAUUUCACCUUAUUAGUCCUUGAAACGGCUAAAAAGCAAGCAGUACUGUGAGUUCAGCAUUAAGAUACAUGGGAGAAAAGGUCAGUUUCUGGCAUGCUGCCACUGAGACUAUAGUGCUGGUUGCACAGCUAUGAAGUGGCUGUACUGAAGAUGAUUGCAAUGAAUAACAAGUAUGUACUGUAAGGUUAAGUUCUCAAAGACCAGUCUGAACGGUGCAUUUUAGAAUAUUUGGAACGAUCUGCUGCUGAUAAAGUAUUUAUAUCUAUGAGGUUCGCGAGUGGGACUGGCUGCCCUUGUCAGAGUAAUGUGCCCAUUUAAUUUGGAAUAGGGCUUUGCUGAAAGAUCGAUCUAAAGUUCAGUUGUGGACAAGCAACACUUUCGUAGCCAUUCAUCUUCUCUCUGAACAGUGUGACUUCUCAUUUUUUUUUUAAAUAAAAAAAAUAGAUGAACAAAAUACCACUUACAGAAUUAUUUUAAAAAAAAAUUAGAACAAGUAUAUCCACUGUCUGCUGUGUAACAUGAUAGAAAACAUUGUAGGAGAGAUUGAUAUACACUGCCAACACAAACAAUUCCUGAUUAAACUCUUUAAAGAUGGUGGCUCCCAACGGCUCUAUGAUUGUGUGAGGCACUGUAUGUCACUGUAAACAGACAACCAUGCACAGGUUUGGUUUAAAUGCAUCAGCUGUACCUGCUGGUGUGGCUUUUGGGGUAAUUAUUUCCACUAAAAGUAGUUCAUGGGGGAAAUCUGAACAUAUCUUGUAGAUCCUCAAGAUUUCCUUAUUUAGUGUGAUACUCCAAGCACCAUAACCACUAUAGUACACUUUAUUGGUUAUGGUGCUAGGAACACCCAGGAUUCCCUAAGUAAAAGGGCAAACUGUUUUUCAGUGGUUUGCCUGUUACCUGGGUUCUGCUUGGCUCCAAAUCUUCCCUCUAAGAGCUGCAGAAACUGCCAUUCAUUCAUGGGCUGAGAGCAUUCUCAGCCAAUGAUUGUCCCCCAAAACUCUCCUUCAGGGCUGGCUAACGGCUGCCGGAAGUGAAGUUGCUCUUUGAUGCAGCAAUAUAAAAUAUCUAAAUUGAUACUGAAACACUGCACAUUCAGGCUCCUUGCUCUAAGACCUCUUCAAUACACAGAAGUGGUCAAGUGCUUGGCGUAACCCUUUAAACCCGAAUAUAUCUUUUUACAUUAUUCUUUUUAAUAGGUAAAGUUCUGGCGGUUCUAAAAGACCUGUAUCUUUUAUAUGUUUUUGCUCCAGUUUCUAUAAAGAGCCUGUAAAGUAAUAACAGCUGAAAUUAUAUAAACAGCAGCUCAGCAUCUACAGAACUAAACUCUAUUUCAGAGUUUACUCUCCAGGAUCUGAAAAAUGUCUUUGGCACGUGGAUCUGGAAGUAGAGCCAUUACCAUGGAAACCAAUGGAAUAUGCCGCUGAUAGCUCCACAUUUAAUCAUUUGCCCCCUAAUUGCCACUAAUUUGCAGUAUGUUAAAAUUCUAUGAAAUAGUACAUAUACAGUGAGUACGGUACUGAAAUAAAGAAAGCCUCCAGUGUAUCGGUCCUUGUUUCCUAAAUCCAUUAUUUUAGUCUAAAUUUUGUAAGUCAAUAAUCAGUUCAUUCUUAGUGAACAAACCUCCUGGGUAGUGAUAGUAAGUAGACCUUUUUUGUUUUACCACACAUGCUUUUUUUACUACAGUAGUAACUAGAAAUAGAUGCUCUUGGCUAAUUUGCUACAGAUAGAUUGAAGAGGUUCCUUAUUGGAAUCGGUUGAUGGUAUUAUACAGGUUUCUGUAUCAGGCCACCAUCAGGGGGGUACAAAGCCAUGCAACUCAAGGGGCCCUGACAGACUGUAGGGCCCGCUGGCUUCCCUGAGAGUGAGGGUCUGUGAAACAGGAGAAUCCGUGAGCCCCUCUGCACACUGAUUCUCCUGCAAUGUUAUGCUGUCUGAUUGAGGUGAUAGAGAUAUCUCCUGUAACUGGAGCUCUUUGCAAUGACGCAAGCCUCUUUCCACAAUGGUUCCUUCUGGACAGCAGCACUGACAUAAUGUGUAGUCCUCUGAGGGAGCUGUGUAGGUGCAGCAGACACCAGGGAAACCACACCCCUGCACCAAAAAGGACACAGACAAGAGUGUGGCUAACAUAAUUGUGGAUAUAUGUAUACGUUAAGGAGUAAAGUUCUCUAGAAUUGUGUGUGUGUGUUCGCUCUUUGUUUCUCUGGGGCCCAAAAAUAUGGCAACCUCACUCCAAUUAAAAGCUAUUCCAGGACAUACCCAACACCAGGAGACACUGUGUUACUGUGGGAAUCUGUGUAAAUAUUGUUAGCACCAAUCGUUCCCAAUCCACAAGGUAACCAAAAGUAUAGGAAUUAGGUGUUUCUCAGUAUCCCCAUAUGAACUAGACUGCUGGUGUUGGGAAGACAGGUUUAUUCAAUAGUUCCCUUCAAUGUUCGAUGUAGAACAGGCCUGUCCAACCUGCAGCCCCCCAGAUGUUGCUGAACUACAACUCCCAUGAGUCUUUCAAUGAAACAGAUAGCCAGAGAAUCAUGGGAGUUGUAGUUCAGCAACAUCUGGGGGGGCCGCAGGUUGGACAGCCCUGAUGUAGAAGGUAUGGUUACAGACAACGCAAGAGCCUAGAUGUGUCUGUUCAAUAUCACAGCAAUCCGCGCAGGAGGUAAGCAUACUAGCCCUCCUAUUGGUGGUCUGGAGAUAAAGCCUAAAAGCCAGCCACCUUGCUCUGUUGCGUGCACUUCAAGAAUAUGCCUGGUGUAUUAGAGUCCCUGUGAAUGGAUAUGUGUCAAUAUAAAACGUUAUGAAUGUGUCAGAAAAUGUAUUUUCACCAUGAACGUGUAACUGACUUACUGAGCAUCUGAAGUAUCACCCCAAACAAAUUCAAGAUUAUUGUUUUCCUUUUAUAUUUCAUAGAAUGAUAAAUAAGGAGUGAGUGGAGGAGAUCGUUUUUGCAAUCCCUGGGAAGAUCCUAGUUACUGAACUGCUUGCUGUUACUGAGGUGUAAAUAAGCAUUUUGAUUUAUGAUGUGGUUGCAAAGAAACUUGUAAUUUAUUUGUGAAAUGCUCAAAUAAAGGAUCUCUGGACUUUUA